AUGAAAACGCUCGUCAUUUUGAAUGCUCUCGUGAAAGAUAUUAGCGAGAUACAGUUCUGUGCCACGCCAAACGCCGAAGCCUUCGUGAUGACUACAAAAAUCUCGAUUCGUGGCAACACAAAAAUUCUGUUCAAGGAUCCAGAAUUUGGGGUGAAGCUUCACUCGGUCACGCUUUGCGAGCUCAACUACUUGACGCAAGUGAUUGAGGUGCUGAAGAAUCCUGCUGAUGGCAACAUCUUCGCCCAAGCAAAUCUCUCAGCCACUGAUUAG